AUGGGAAUGGGGCCAUGCUUUACAAAAGGUUUUGUAUUUGAUUGCCUCAAUGAAUGCGAUAGAUGUCCCCGUUUGCAUGCAAUGACUGCAGAUAAGCUGGAAAGCUGCGGGAUGUAUUUGCCACAGAUGCUCGAUUUCAGAGACAUGCCAAGUCAUUUGUUCAUCACCAGCAAUUGGCUUUGCAGUGUCCAAAUUACAGAUGACCAUUGCAGCCCACUGGAAAGAGCACAUGCGUUGCGCGCUGUGGAUACUUUCCUUUUGUCUCCGGCCAAUGACCAAGUGACAUCGAUCAUCUUGCUAUCAGGCUGGGAAGCCAGCAAUGUGUUGGUAGAGAUGAGGUGUCUGAGCAAACAUGCCCCUCAGCGGGCAACGCAGGCAGAAGAGUUCUUUGCCCAGCUGUGCCACUUGAGUGAUACUGGCAAAAGUAUGUUUGCUUGUCGUGCGGGCUAUCCGAAGCUUCCACGCGCAGAGCAUUGA